AUGCCUCGUCGAAGGAUCAUUAUUGACACGGACUGCGGCGGUGACGAUGCCAUUGGCAUCAUGACCGCUCUGGCGGACCCCAACACCGACGUCAUCGCUAUGACAGUCGUCUGGGGCAAUGUCAACGCGGAUCAAGGAAUGGAGAACCUGGGCAAGCUCCUCUGCGUGUUUGAGCGCGAUAUUCCCUUCUACAAGGGUGCGGAGACGCCACUCGUGUCGGAUCCCGAGACGGUGCAGUGGGGGGGCUUCGGCAAGGAUGGUUUUGGCGACGCGGAUUUUCCGCCGUCCACGCGGGUGCCAGAGCAAUCCAAGACGCACGCCGCCCUUGCCAUCACCGAGCUGCUGCGAACGGCCAAGCCAGAGAAGGAUACCGUCUAUCAGCUCGUCUGCCUGGGCCCCCUCACCAAUAUUGCUCUGGCGAUGCGACUUGAACCAGGCGUGUUUGACGUGCUGGGCAGUGAGACGGAGCCGGCCAUCAUAAUCAUGGGUGGUACGAGCGAGGCGAAAGGCAACUCGAGCUUGACGGCGGAGUUCAACAUCCACUGUGACCCUGAGGCCGCGUAUGUCGUCUUCAAUCAGCGCAACAUGCGUCCCGUUCGUGUCGUUUCGUGGGAAGUAACGGUGGAGUGCUGCAUGACGUGGACAUUCUUUGACGAGUGGCUCGGCCGCCAGAAAGAUGGGGCGAAGGAGCAGAACAGGCUUCAGGUGUUUAUUGAGAAGGUGUUCCAGCGGCUGGAGGCCUUCACCCGCCCGCUUCCCGACGGCACUAAGGCGGACGCCGGCGACGCGGAGGUGACGCAAGACAACACGUGCGUCAUUCCUGACGCGGUGGCGAUGGUGGCCGCCCUGUACCCUGACAGCAUUCUGGAUCGCUUCCUCACCCAUUGCACCGUAGAGCUGCACGGACGUGAGACGCGUGGUCAAACCUGCCUGGACUGGUACGGCACCGAGCAGUCGAUGGCGAAGCGAGGGCGGUGGCGCAACUGCGAGCUCAUCACCCGUGUUGAUAACAAUCGCUUCUUAGAAGUGAUGAAUGGCAUUAUCAAGCACCCAGUGUAG